UCAUCAGCCAUGAAGCUAAUAUGGACAAAGAAGACAAGGACGGCUACUCUGCAAUAUGCAGCGCUGUAAGGAAUGGUCAUCUUGAUAUAGUACGAUACUUUAUCAGUCAGGGGGCAAAAGUGAAUCAGGGCAAUACUAAAGGCUGGACUCCUUUAUACAUUGCAGCAAGGUACGGUAAACUUGAUAUAGUGAAAUAUCUCGUCAGCCAAGGAGCUGAGGUCAAUAAGGGAAAUAACAUGGGUAGGACUGCAUUAUACAGUGCUGCUCAGAAGGGUCAUCUUGAUGUCAUGAAAUAUCUCAUCAGCCAUGAAGCUAAUAUGGACAAAGAAGACAAGGACGGCUACUCUGCAAUAUGCAGCGCUGUAAGGAAUGGUCAUCUUGAUAUAGUACGAUACUUUAUCAGUCAGGGGGCAAAAGUGAAUCAGGGCAAUACUAAAGGAUGGACUCCUUUAUACAUUGCAGCAAGGUACGGUAAACUUGAUGUAGUGAAAUAUCUCAUCAGCCGAGGAGCUGGGGUGAAUAGGGGAGAUAAUGACGGCUGGACUGCAUUUCACGUUGCUGCUCAGGAGGCUGAGGUCAAUAUGGGAGACAAUUUCGGUUGGACUGCAUUAAGCCUUGCUGCUUACGAGGGUCAUCCUGAUGUCACCAAAUAUCUCAUUAGCCAUGGUGCUGAGGUGAAUAAGGGAAAUAUUGUGGGUACGACUGCAUUUCACAAUGCUACCAACAAUGGUCAUCUUGACGUCACGAAAUACCUCAUCAGUCAAGGAGCUGAGGUGAAUAAGGGAGAACAUGACGAAACAACAAACGUGGCGAUGAAAACAGCAGCAGAAGCAGCAUUCUGUGACAUGGAUGCACCAUCACAAUCAGCAGGGGUGUCAACGCUAUCAGGUCCAGAUGAACAGAAAGUGACAGAUAAGAAUAUCCUGAAACUAGCAAGGCUUCUACCACCUAAUCAGUGGAGCCCUCUUUACGUUGCUCUUGGCAUCGAUUACAGCACCGCUGAAGGUAUCAGACAUGAUUAUAGACAGAUAACUGAGCAGUACAUACACCUCCUUCAAAAAUGGAAAGCUGCAUCAACUCGGACCAGAAAGGAUUUAAAUGCAAUCCUCAUCCAGGUAGACGCAGGAGGACUUGUAGACAAGUACGUGGAUUAG